AUGCGACCACCUCUUUCUUCUUCUUCUUCUUGUUAUUCACUCUCUGCAACGAGUUUGGAAAGCAGACUCUUGACGAUAUUCAAGAAAGCUCAGGAACUUACAACUCUCUGUGAUAUCGAAGCCUGCAUCAUUCAUUACGGACCAGACGGCGAACUCAAGACAUGGCCCGAGGACAGAGACAAAGUGAGAUCCCUUGCUCUCCGCUACAUCCAAUUAGACAAAGCCAAGAGACUCAAGAAAAGCGUCAACCUUUACGACUUCCUCAACAAGAAGAAGAAGACAAUGACUAAUAAUUUGAAGAAGCCGAAGAAGCAUGUUGAAGAAGAAUUAAAGUAUCCAAUCUCGGAUCAUUACUCUCCCGACCAAAUCAACCAACUCAUCCAGUCUUUGGAACUAAGUUACUCUACUUUGCAAGAAAGGCGUCGCUUUCUUGAGGCAAACGCAAACUUGGAUGAUCAUCAACAAUCUUUGAACCCUAGCCACGUCACCAAGUACCCACAAGAGUCUUGUGUUUAUGAUCAGAAAAACAACAACUUUCAACAUUUUUGCGUUUCAGAUUACUCAGCGGUACAAGAAUCUGGGUUAGACUAUCAGUUGAUGCCUUAUGGUGGUUAUGAUCAGAACAUGAUGUGUAUGGGUAACAAAUUUCAACAUCCCUACAUCUCUUCAAACACACCAGAUCACUCAGUGUUCCCACCAGAGCUACAAGAAUCUGUAAAUAACUACGGGUUGAAUCAGUUGAUGCAGCAUGAGCUAUUAUAUGGUUUUGAUCAGAACAAGUGUAUGGGUGAUACUAUCAACAGCUGCAACGUUUUAGAUCCUUGUCUUCCAGACAUAGUUUCAGGUGACUUCCGUUUUGGUUUUCAGGACCCUUAUGGUGGUAACCCUAGCUUCUCUCAAGAUUUUCCAGAAAUGUCUUCGAGCAGACUACUUUGUCUUCAAGGAUAUACUCUACCAUCUCUCUAG